UUUGCAGCGAACGGUCCUCUUGGUUUCUUGGUCGAUUCUUUUCGCAUUCGCUGACGGGUUUUUCACACACGCGCACCCACGCAUCGGAACAGAAUCCACCCAUAUACAUAUAUAUAUAGUAUAUAUAAAUUGUUAAAAAGAGACAUAUACCGUAUAUAACUAGGACAACCAUGUCGAAGCCCCAAUCGGACGCGGAUCGACGCAAGCAAAUCUCGGUGCGCGGCAUUGCCGAGGUGGGAAAUGUGACCGAGGUGAAGAAGAACUUCAAUCGCCAUCUCCACUACACCCUGGUGAAGGAUCGCAAUGUGGCCACUCUGCGCGACUACUAUUUUGCCCUGGCGAACACCGUCAAGGACAACAUGGUUGGACGCUGGAUACGCACACAGCAGCACUACUACGAAAAGGAUCCCAAGCGUGUGUACUACCUCUCGCUGGAGUACUACAUGGGUCGCUCCCUCACCAACACCAUGAUCAAUCUGGGCAUCCAGAGCGAAUGCGAGGAAGCCAUGUACCAGAUUGGUCUGGACAUUGAGAAUCUCGAGGAUAUGGAGGAGGAUGCCGGUCUGGGCAACGGUGGUCUCGGUCGCCUGGCCGCCUGUUUCCUCGACUCGAUGGCCACUCUGGGUCUGGCCGCCUAUGGAUAUGGCAUUCGUUAUGAGUACGGUAUCUUUGCCCAAAAGAUCAAGAAUGGUGAGCAGGUGGAGGAGCCCGACGAUUGGCUGCGUUAUGGCAACCCUUGGGAGAAGGCACGUCCCGAGUUCAUGCUGCCCGUCCAUUUCUAUGGCCGUGUGAUCGAUACCCCUGAGGGUAAGAAGUGGGUGGACUCCCAGAAGGUGUAUGCCAUGCCCUAUGACAAUCCCAUUCCCGGCUAUGCCAACAAUCAUGUCAACACGCUGCGUCUGUGGUCGGCCAAGUCACCGGCUGACUUCAACCUGAAGUUCUUCAACGAUGGCGACUACAUUCAGGCCGUGCUGGACCGUAACUUGGCCGAGAACAUCUCGCGUGUGCUGUACCCCAACGACAACUUCUUCGAGGGCAAGGAGCUGCGUCUCAAGCAGGAGUACUUCAUGUGCGCCGCCACUCUCCAGGACAUUAUUCGUCGCUACAAGGCCUCGAAGUUUGGAUCCCGCGAGGCGGUGCGCAACUCCUUUGAUCACUUCCCUGAUAAGGUGGCCAUCCAGCUGAACGACACCCAUCCCUCGCUGGCCAUACCCGAGCUGAUGCGCAUCCUCCUCGACGAUGAGCAUCUGACCUGGGAGAAGGCAUGGGACAUUACCACCCGCACCUGUGCCUACACCAACCACACUGUGCUGCCCGAGGCUUUGGAGCGCUGGCCCGUGUCCCUGCUGGAGUCGAUCUUGCCCCGUCAUCUCCAGAUCAUCUAUCACAUUAAUUUCCUGCAUAUGGAGAAUGUGAAGAAGAAGUUCCCCACGGAUCUGGACCGCAUGCGUCGCAUGUCCCUGGUGGAGGAGGAUGGCGAUAAGCGCGUCAAUAUGGCACAUCUGUCGAUUGUGGGCUCCCAUGCCGUCAACGGUGUGGCUGCCAUCCAUUCGCAGAUCCUGAAGGACUCGCUCUUCCGUGACUUUUACGAAAUGGAGCCCGGCAAGUUCCAGAACAAGACCAACGGCAUCACUCCACGCCGCUGGCUGUUGCUGUGCAAUCCGGGUCUGUCCGAUCUGAUUGCCGAGAAGAUCGGCGACGAGUGGCCCGUGCAUCUAGACCAGUUGGUGGCCCUGAAGAAGUGGGCCAAGGACCCGAACUUCCAGCGUAAUGUGGCUCGUGUCAAGCAGGAGAACAAGCUGAAGCUGGCCGCCAUCCUGGAGGCCGACUAUGGCGUGAAGGUCAAUCCCUCGUCCAUUUUCGACAUCCAGGUUAAGCGCAUCCACGAGUACAAGCGCCAGCUGCUCAACUGCCUGCACAUCAUCACCCUGUACAAUCGCAUCAAGAAGGAUCCCACAGCCAAUUUCACACCGAGGACCAUCAUGAUCGGUGGCAAGGCCGCACCCGGCUACUAUGUGGCCAAGCAGAUCAUCAAGCUGAUCUGUUCCGUUGGUAAUGUGGUCAACAAUGAUCCCAUUGUUGGAGACAAGCUGAAGGUCAUCUUCCUGGAGAACUAUCGCGUGACGCUCGCCGAGAAGAUCAUGCCCGCUGCGGAUCUGUCCGAGCAGAUCUCCACCGCCGGCACAGAGGCUUCCGGCACUGGCAACAUGAAGUUCCAGCUGAACGGCGCCCUUACCAUCGGCACGCUGGACGGUGCCAAUGUGGAGAUGGCCGAAGAGAUGGGAUUGGAAAACAUUUUCAUCUUUGGCAUGACCGUCACCGAGGUGGAGGCCCUCAAGAAGAAGGGCUACAAUGCCUAUGACUACUACAAUGCCAAUGCCGAGAUCAAGCAGGUGAUCGAUCAGAUCCAGGGCGGUUUCUUCAGCCCCGGCAAUCCCAACGAGUUCAAGAACAUUGCCGAUAUUCUGCUCAAGUACGAUCACUACCUCUCGCUGGCCGACUUUGAUGCGUACCUGAAGGCCCAGGAUCUGGUGUCCAAGACCUACCAGAACCAAGCCAAAUGGCUGGAGAUGGCUAUCCACAAUAUUGCGUCCAGCGGCAAAUUCUCGUCGGAUCGUACCAUUGCCGAGUAUGCCCGCGAGAUCUGGGGCGUCGAGCCCACCUGGGAGAAGCUGCCGAAUCCCGAGGAUCAGUAAUAAUUCAAUUGACAUUUUUGAUAUUAUGUUAUUAUUUAUGUACUUUACUUUUGUUAAAGUCAAAGUGCAAAUUUUAGGAGCCAAAAGCAACACCAACUAAAACUAACCAACGGGCAUCUCAGCCCUCACUCCUAAACCCCCAAUUGUUAAUAUUUUAUUUAAUAAAAAUCCAAGGUAAACUAUUAAA